ACCAAUUCUGGGGGAAACAAAAAUAAACUGAGGCAGAGGAACCACCUUUAUUUCAGCUUGCCUACAUUGCCCUUGUGAAUUUAAUCUUUUCUAGGUCUGGGUUUCCAGUGCCAACGAUGCCUUUUUGGAAGGUUACGGGAUUUAAAGUAAACUGUUCAGACUGCCAAACUCUCUGGAUCACCAGUCAGGAUCAUCAUCCAUAGCUGCAAAAGGAUUUUGGGCAGAUGAACCUGCCUGCUGAGCCCCCGCACUGCCAGCUGAGCCCCUACACUGCUGCCUCCAGUGUCCUUGCUGGGUGUCUUUGUGCAUUUCAGAUGAACUUGCCUGCAGUGCUCCUGCACUGCCAGCUGAGCCCCUACACUGCUGCCUCCAGUGUCCUUAUUGGUGUCUUUGUGUCUUUCAGAUUAACCUGCCCGCUGAGCCCCUGCACUGCCAGCUGACCCCCUACACUGCUGCCUCCAGUGUCCUUACUGGUGUCUUUGUGUCUUUCAGAUGAACCUGCCCUCUGAGACCCCGCACUGCCAGCUGAGCCCCUACAUGGCUGUUUACAGUGUCCUUACUGGUGACUUUGUGUCUUUCAGAUGAACCUGCUUGCUGAGCCCCCGCACUGCCAGCUGAGCCCCUACACCGCUGCCUCCAGUGUCCUUGCUGGGUGUCUUUGUGCAUUUCAGAUGAACUUGCCUGCAGUGCUCCUGCACUGCCAGCUGAGCCCCUACACUGCUGCCUCCAGUGUCCUUAUUGGUGUCUUUGUGUCCUUCAGAUUAACCUGCCCGCUGAGCCCCCGCACUGCCAGCUGAGCCCCUACACUGCUGCCUCCAGUGUCCUUAUUGGUGUCUUUGUGUCUUUCAGAUUUACCUGCCCGCUGAGCCCCCGCAUUGCUUGCUGAGCCCCUACAUUGCUGUUUACAGUGUCCUUGCUGGGUGUCUUUGUGCAUUUCAGAUGAACCUGCCCACUGUGCUGCUGCCCGAUGUUGACCUGCGGUUCCUCUCCCUAUUUCAACAUGAACACCACAGCAUGGCGUGUCGUAAGCGAAGUGUUGGCACGUCUGCCCACUGCUUCUAAUUCUUUCCCAUCUGCUGUUGAUCUUAGCUACAAUUGCUCAGUUGUUACAUGACCCAGUGGUAUGUAGCGGCAUCCAGGGAGCUGUGGAUUAAGCUCAAGGGCCCCCAGACGUGUUGAGGCUGAGCUUGAGCCAGCGACCUUCCGAUCAUGGGUAUGGAGACCCAGCCCACUGAGCACAUACUGCCCCCCAACAUGUUCUUGAUACAGUUGUACUCGAUUACCUUGGGGAAUACGUUCCUUAUUCCGUUUCCGCAGUGCAGGGUUGCACUGAGCCUGCGGUUUCUCCCGCCCUGGGCUUCCUAGGCAAGCGGGUCACGUUACAAGUAGUUUCUCUAGUGCGUACACAAACAUAAGAACCCUGCACAUGCCAGUGAGGCUGGGAAUCGAACCUGGAGCCUGGCAGGUGGCUGGCUGCACUGGGCCACCAAAGUAUAAAGACUAUGUUGGGGUUAAACCCAGAUGGCUUGGAAUGGGCAGACACCCACUCCUACUCACUUAAUGGGAAAAAUUGAAAUGCUAACUGCAUUUUAAAAAUGCAUGAAAAAGAAACUAUCCCACGAUGCUAUAGCCAGCUGCACAAGCUUUGAGAAGAUGGAUAUGAAAUGACUGCUUUUUGGGAUUCCCUCUUAGCUAGUCUGGAGAUCAGACCAAUGGCAUUGACUGCAGUCCCUCAGACGGGGUUCCCCAUUUGGCAGCCUGUGAGAGGCACACGCAGCCCACGCCAAAGCUCUCAUCUGCGUCAGGUAGACUUACUAUCAGGCAAACUCGGGGGGCCUGCAAAAAGCAAUCAGCCACCACCCACAUCCCCGCUCGGCAAAACAGAGCAAUAUCAGGGGGCGGAGGCCCUUGGCUUUGUGUUAAUGAUAGAAUUUGGCCCUGUGGGAAAAAUUGGGGAUCCCUGCCCAAAUCAGAUGAGACUGAUUUUCAUACCAUUCAUAUACAGAACAUGUACAGUAGCAGGACUUCAUGUCAUUCCCAUCCCGGAUCUGUGAACUGCACUUUGCUGAUGUACCUGAACACAUUCCCAUAUGUGCUCAGUUGCUGACCUGGGUUUUUUUUACACGUACUGCACGCCCCGCAUUCUGUGCUUGUCUCCAUCCAAAGCAGUGACCAGGUGUGUCAUCUGCCCUUAAAGCUUUCCCUCCCCGGUGGGCCCGUUACCACAGCAAGAGGAGAAGGUCGGCACACCCAGGAGAGGAGCGCAGGUAACCCCCCCCCCCCAGGAAGCUCGUCCAUGUGCCCUGCAUCCCUACGGCUGUAAUGAGAAACGCAUAAUGGUCAACAGAAGUCUCUACUCGUGCUCACUCCUGAAUGGCUCCUCCUACGGCCCCGCCCACUUGUCAGGCAGCCCCACCUCCAACUCAUCUCAGGGUGACGCGUGCUGCCCCAAGCCAGCGGUUGGCCUGCUCUUCUGGAUGACUCUGGACAUCAUGACCAUGACAAUGGGUGUGCCAUCCAACCUGCGGGUGCUGUGGGUGCUGCUGCGGCAGCAGGCUGACGUUUCCACCUCCGAUGUCUUUGUGGGCAGCCUGGCAGCGCUUGACUGCUCCUAUUGCAUGCUGCUUCCUGCCCACCUGCUGAAUCGCAUGCUGAUAGGGCACGCGGCGUUCAGUUGUGCCCUGCGGUUCUCCCUGGGCCUCAAUGAGGUGGGUGGGCCCUUAUUCCUGUGUUGCCUGUGCCUGGACCGCUAUACGGCGGUGCUGCAACCCAUAGUGUACCUGCGGCUGCGCUCCGCCUCCCGCUCUCGCGCCGCUGCAGCCUCCCUCCUCUGGCUCUUCGUGCUGGUAUACUCGGCGCUGGUGGCUGCCUCAGUCUUAUGGCACAGCUACAGGAUCUCUGUUGGCCUCUUUGUGGCUGCCUUCAUGGUGACAACCUUCUGCAACGUGUCGAUCUUGCGGGCAUUGCAGCGGGCAGGCCCGGCUGGAGGUGACAGGCACCCGGUGAAGCAGCGCGCCCUGCGCACCGUGAGGGGUGUCCUGGUGCUGCUGCUCACCUGCUUUCUGCCCGCUGCUGCCAUCUUUCCCUAUAGCUCUGCCCUGCCCAAGAUGCUCUUUCGUUGCUACAUCUACCCCAUGUGCUACUCCUUCAUCAGCCUGCGGGCAGCAUUGCAGCCACUUCUCUACCUACUUCAGACUAAGAAGCUGCAGUGCCAGGGAGAGAGCACUCAGGGGUGUAACAGCAGGAAGCUGCAGUGCCAGGGAGGGAGCACUCAGGGGUGUAACUGCAAGAAUCUGCAGUGCCAAGGAGAGAGCGUUCAGGGGUGUAACAGCAAGAAGCUGGAGUGCCAGGGAGAGAGCGCUCAGGGGUAUAACAGCAAGAAUCUGCAGUGCCAGGGAGAGAGCGCUCAGUGGUAUAACAGCAAGCAGCUGCAGUGCCAGGGAGAGAGCGUUCAGGGGUGUAACGGCAAGAAGCUGCAGUGCCAGGGAGAGAGCGCUCAGGGGUGUAACAGCAAGAAGCUGCAGUGCCAGGGAGAGAGCGCUCAGGGGUGUAACAGCAAGAAGCUGCAGUGCCAGGGAGAGAGCGCUCAGGGGUGUAACAGCAAGAAGCUGCAGUGCCAGGGAGAGAGCGUUCAGGGGUGUAACAGCAAGAAUCUGCAGUGCCAGGGAGAGAGUGUUCAGGGGUGUAACAGCAAGAAUCUGCAGUGCCAGGGAGAUAGCACUCAGGGGUGUAACAGUGACACUCCGCUGACCUGACCUGACCAUGACUCCAUCCCUCCAGAACUUGCACAUUCAGUAGCAUAAUGAAGAGAGGGGUGGGGGGGGAUUCAAUAAUUUCUUUUGUGCCUGAUUACAGCCAGACCCCCCUCCUCCCUCACCCACCCAUUCUCACACACACACACGCAUACCCAAUACCAUCUUGUAGUAAUCCCAUUCCCUGUCCCCUCUGCCCCCUUCCCCACUGUCAUAUCCAAAUAAAAUUCCUUCAUCUCAUCCCUCUGUUUUGUGCCUCUGUUCACUGUCCUGCCCAAGGAAGGGUCACAGUACCUCAUCCAACGGUACAACAGGAACUG